AUGACGACUCACAUCUCCCAUCUAGAACAGGAUUUAUCCGGUUCCGUGACCACUACAACUAGUACGGUCUCCCACCUUUCUUGUGGCACCCCCGAUUCUGUACCCAUCUUCCACAGUCUCUUGAGGUUUCGCUCCGAUAAUCGUCGGUCUCUAGAAACUUCCAGUGUAGUUGGCGACACUGUUGCGGUCGAACAAGUUCCACGGCCAGGACAUCGCCGGCGCGCGUCCAUACUUAGCAAACUGGCGGGUCCGCGGGAAAACGCAAAGCGAUUCCUCCGCCUGGGGACCCCUAUCCACCCGACUACUACGCUGACGCCACCUACUCCCACUCCCUCAAUGCCCGAAACACAUCGCCCUCGCCCCGUGUCUGAGAUUCUUUUGUCCCCCGAUGAUGCACAAAUGCUUGCCAGCACAGGUUUGAGGACGGGCAGGCUGCGCUCCCACUCUUCGUCGACCGUGUCGGCGUCCCAGCCUUCCCCGAUUUCGGCUCAACCGGCAAUCCCGGCGGCGGAUCCAUCGGUGCCGUUUCCCACUUUGCGCAAUGAGAAGAUCGUGGCGACCGGCAGUGGCAUAACGGUUGGUGUUGCGCUCACCGAACCCGUUCUGUUUCUUCAAGGUUAUGAUCAGAACGAUCCCAGCACCAAAAAGUCCGCCAUCUUGCGCGGGCAGCUGCAUCUCAAGAUUACCAAGAGUGUCAAAGUCAAGAAGAUCUCCAUUUGUUUCCGCGGACAUGCCCAGACCGAUUGGCCAGAUGGGAUUCCGCCCAAGAAAGUCCACUUUCACGACAAGAAAGACCUCGUCACACAUGGCGUCAUGUACUUUAACCAUGGAGAUACUGCGCUGAUGCAGAAUGACUACGGCGCGCACUUCUACCAGCACGCCAAACCGGUGACGUCGGUGACGGGCAAGGAUGGGCCGACCACCAGCACCCGGGAGUUGCUCUCCAAGACCGGCUCGGCGACCUCGUUGGGCCAGAACGGCCAACUGACAACCAAGGAUCUGAAGCGACUGUCCUUGCAAUCCAACCAUUCGCGCAGUUUGAGCAAGAAUGACGCCCCGCCGCCCCCGGUUCACACUCAGCGCAACUACCGGUUGUUUCCCGUCGGUGAUUAUCUGUAUAGCUUCGAGUUUCCCAUCGAUGGAUCUCUCCCUGAGACGAUCAAGACCGAUCUGGGGUCUGUUCGCUACGAUCUUGAAGCGAUUGUGGAACGGGCGGGUGCGUUUCGCCCCAAUCUGCUCGGUACGUUGGAAGUGCCGGUCAUCCGCACGCCAGCAGAGGGCUCGUUGGAGCAGGUCGAGCCGAUUGCCAUUUCGCGAAACUGGGAAGACCAGCUGCAUUAUGACAUUGUCAUCUCGGGGAAGUCAUUCCCUCUUGGAUCGCAGGUUCCCAUCGCGUUCAAGUUGACGCCGUUGGCGAAGGUUGAGUGCCACCGGAUCAAGGUGUAUGUGACCGAAAACAUUCAGCACUGGACUGCAGACAAGAGCGUCCAUCGGUUUCAACCAGCGAAGAAGGUGCUGCUUUUUGAGAAGCGGGCGGACUCGGCCAGUACCAGUACCUAUCCGGGAAGCUCAAUGCGAGUGACGGCCGGUGGCGGCAUCGACUGGGACCGUCGCGCGGCUGCUGCGAGGGGCGAGGAGAUUGUCGAUCGGAACCGGACCAACCUCCUUGGUAAUCUCUCCAGCGACGCGGGGGUUGGCCCGACUGAGAUGGAGUUCAAUGUCCAGCUUCCCAGUUGUCAGGAGAUGCGCAACCGGGAUGAGUCCCAGCGACUGCACUUUGACACCACGUAUGAGAACAUUCAGAUCAACCAUUGGAUCAAGAUUGUAUUGCGGCUGUCCAAGGUUGACGAACGAGAUUCGGGCAAGCGAAGACACUUUGAGAUCUCGAUCGACUCUCCUUUCCACUUGCUUUCUUGCAAAGCUACGCAAGCGAAUAUCUACCUACCCGCAUACACUUCGCCCGACUCGGAGCCGCCGCCGCAGGCUCAGGAGUAUGAAUGUGGCUGUCCGGGGGCGCCGCCGGUCAACAGGAACGGUUCUCGAAACGGCUCCAGCCGGCAGUCGUUGUCUUCUGAUCGGGACGAGGUGCCCCUCGGCGGCGCAGUUGCGAGAAGCUUCACUAAUGGUUCCGGCGGGCUGGCUCGACCUCCCCAGGCCCAUUUGGCGGAUGAGCCAACCGAUCGACACCCUGCGCCCCGGCCGAUGCAUCUUCUGCGAGCGCCAUCAUUUGCACCGCCCGCCUUUGAAGAUAUCCCGCCACCACCACCACUCGUGACACCUCCCCCGGAGUAUAACUCCAUCGUUGGGGACAACGACCGGGAAUCGGUGCUGCAGGACUACUUCUCACGGCUAUCCUUUUACGAGGAACAUGCCGACGAUGAUCGGGGCCGCGGACGAGUUGAUGUGCCUCUCACGCCAGGGGGGCGCGUGAACCGCAGCAUGGACGUCCCACGGGAGUGGGUACGUCUGGAGGAGUCGGCCGUCUAA